GGUGCUGAAGAUGGAGGGGGCAGGUGGCUCCCCUCCUUGGAUCGGCAGCGCUUACCUCUUCCUCCAGUCCACAUGCAAGGCUAUCGUCCUGCCGUCUCUCUACGAAAGCUCCCAGAAGAAACCCAGUGUGUUCAAGGCGCUGAAGCUGGCAUUAGCAGACUCCACCGGCAGCAUGAACGGUGUGGACAUGCUCAAAGUGCACUGCAGCCACCCGCACCUCAUCGUCCAGCUCAAGUUCUGCAAGCAGGAGAACUGCCGCCGGUUCCUGCAGAGUUACCGGGAAGGAGCGCUCCAGAGGUCUCUGCAGAACAACCUCCAGCUCUCCUUGUCCAUGACCACGGUGCCUCUUGAAAUGGAGCUGAAGGCUGGCAAUGAGCACCUGGACAACAUGCUGAAGGAUGAGGAUCGCUGCCUGGAGUGCAUCUACAGAGAAAAGCCUGACCGCCUGCGGGACGAGGAAAUCACAGAGCUGGAGGAAGGCCUCAGGAGCCUGAUUGUUCACCAGAGCAUCAACGAUCCGCCUGACAAAGACGGCGCACCUAUGAACCCUCCAUCUCUACCUUCCCCUUCUCAAGGCAGCUCCCUUUCCUCACAAGUCACCUUCAUCUUUCAGGGACAACGGUUUGCCAACAGACUGCUCACACGAGACGACCACCAGAAGUUUGCCAAGCUCGUGUCCAAGAAAUGGAAGCAAGUGGGUCGCUCUUUGCAGAAGAGCUGCCGGGCCCUGCGUGAUCCUGUCAUUGAUAACCUGGCCCUCGAAUAUGACCGAGAAGGACUCUAUGAACAAGCCUAUCAGCUGCUUCUCAGAUUUAUCGAGUCAGAGGGGAAGAAUGCCACAAUAGCACGGCUGAUCGCAGCCCUGGAAGAAAAUGGUCUCAUCAGCUUGUCUGAAGAGCUCUUGGGCCUCCGUUUCACUGAGAACUUCUCCUAG